UGCUGAGACAUUCCACGAAACUCUUCAUGGAACGAACUUACCUUCCAAUAUCUUCACUUCAUUUUCGUAUUCGUUGUUCGCCCGGCGGAAUCGGUACCCACGUGAUUGAUGGUUGUUCGGCUACUACAACCCUAGCGCCAUCACGUCAUCACCUUGAUUAGAAAGCGACAUUGCCGAAGGGCGCGUAUAGCCGACGCAACAAGUAGCCCGUUUGUAAGGUCACCUUGCUUUACUUCGACUCGUUCUUCGUCCUUUAGGACUUUUCCUCUCGUUGUUGAAAUUCGUUUCGUCCCACUCUCAACUAGAACAGCUAGCCCGCAAAUAUGUCGGCUUCAGCAAUCACUACCCAAGAUGCAAAGUUUAAGAGCCUGGGAUUGUCAAAGAUGACGGUGAACAAGGAGCAAGUGUGUUGCUAUAGCCGCGGUUUAGGUGCAGCCUCCGACGGCAAUCCGAUACUCGUAUUGAUACACGGGUAUCCGCAGUCUUCCUACGGGUGGCGUCACAUGAUUCCGCUUCUCCCACCGGAUGCGCCCAUCUUCGCGCCCGAUCUUCCCGGCUACGGCGCGAGCGCUCCGAUCGAGCAGAACGACAAACUUAGCGUCGGAAAGGCACUCAUGUCCGCUUUGAAAACAGAAGUCAAGAGGACAUCGAGCGCAAAUUUGUCCCGGAUCCCUGUAGUGCUUAUCGGCCAUGAUCGAGGCGCUAGAGUCGCUCAUCGCCUCGCCGUCAGCGGCGUCGAGGGGGUCCACAUCUUAGGCGUGUGCUUGAUCGAUAUAGUGCCAACCACCACGCAAUGGGAGGCAUCAUCUAAAGCCGCCGCAGUAGUGGGCUACUUCCACUGGCCGUUCCUGGCGAACGUCGACCUCGCAGACCGCAUGAUCACCGCCUUUGGUGGGGACAACUGGUGCCGCGAAAUGACGCUCCGCUGGGCCGGUAAGAACGCCAAAGGCCUCGGCAAUCUGAAAGCGGACAAUGCACUAGAUAUAUACACUCAGUUCUUCAUGCAGCCUCACACUGUGCAUGCGUCAAACGAGGAUUACAAAGCCGGCGCAACUGUGGAUGUCGAAGCGCAGACGGAGGAUCAGAAGGCGGGACGCAGGAUUGCGUGCCCGGUGCUGCUGCUUUACAGUGAGAGUUAUAUUGGGAGCAGGUAUGAGUUCCCGGAUGUGUGGAGGGGGUGGGUGAAGGAUGGGGUACGGAUCGAUAGUCAUGGGUGGGGAGAUGGGAUUGGGCAUUUUGGGGCGGAGGAGGCGCCGGAGGAGAGUGCGGGGGUUGUUGGGGAGUGGUUGAAGGGGCUGGGUGGUGGUAGGUGAGGUGUAAGGCUGGUGGAUGUUACAAGUGGCAGAAGUCGACUAGUAUUAGUUUCUGAAAGUCUUUAAUUGGCCAUGCUCCAGAGGAUUAAGACCACUCCGCGGCCUUUGUUAGUCCCCAACGCUAAUACGAGUUUAUGUAACCGUAGCUUGUGGCAGACUUGGCGAAGUUUGGGGCUACUGGUUGUUUACGAUAUAUUCUAGGUACUUC